UGGCAACUUCUCCUUUAAGAUGAAGAAAAGACAAUAUCAGCUGACAAUCAAACUCUUGCUGCUUAUUGAGAAACACUCAUGAUCCCCAGUCUUGUCUGGGGAAACAGAUGGCUCAGGGUGUUACCAGCAAUGAGUUACUCAGAUCCACUGUGCUGGGGAAAGCAGAAUGCUUUACUGUCAUCAGGUUUCAGCACAACAGUCCUUCUCACCAAUCUUAAAAGGAAAGAUAAAUUCUUCCAGCAAAGCAAAAAGGUUAUAUUCUUCUUUACAAAACUGAAAAGGUAAUUGUAAAAGAGAAGUUUUGAAGGAUUCUACUGCAAACUUCAAGUAUAUCUGGCACCAGUUGUUAGAAUAAAUUUUCAUACUUGUCAGCUUUUUUCAGCUGAACGCCUUCUUGCAUUUAAAUCUCCUUCAAGGUGCUGUUUUAUUGUGGGGAGUAAGCUCUAAACUGAGUCCAGAAUCAGCCAGGAUGCUCCGGUUUGCUUGUACAUGAAGAAUUCAUUACAUACUUCAUGAAUUUAAUCUUAAAAUCAUUAAGAUUAAAUGAAUCUUCAUUUAUUUUACUCAGCUUCUUUCUUCCUUGCUAAUUAAUCUUACUGAAGCAUGUUAAAUUAGUUUGGAGGCUCAUGGGAAUUGUGUGUUUUCAGUUAUUCUGACUGUGAAGUGCACUGAUUCUGCUCUGUUGAUUUGCUCACUAGGCUCUCUUACCCCUAUUCAAACCUUUAAUUGGAUGAUUGCUCUAUUGGAUUUCUCCAUCACUCGAUUGCCCUCUAUUGCUUUAUUCUUCAUGACUGUCCUACAGCUUUCAUGUCAUAUAGUAUUGGCAGGUUUUUUUUGUUUGUUUUUGUUUUUACAGUACUUUUGAAUUAAAGUACAACGUGGGGUUUCCCUGAUUUAAACACCUAUGCCAUAUCUAAUGUAAAGGUGACUGACCUGUAGAAGUUUUAAACUGUGUUAGUUUACCCCGAAAUACUUUUUGAGAUCUAAGCUAAUAAGUCUGCUAAUGCAACAAUACUUCAUGUGCCUGCUGAGGGAAAUAACUCAGAGGGGUAGAGUGCUGCCAAAGGUUUUGAUAUGAAGUGCAGUGGUCUGUAAAAGUUCUGCUUCCUCUUUUCUGUGCAUGCAAAAGAGGAGAUGCAGUUGUGCACUGUGUAACCAACAGAAAUGGACCACAUUAAAAAUGCAGAAAUAUUUACAUAACCUUACUUUGGAGAACAGCAGAAAGGCUUAUUUCCUCCUAAACCAUACAGAUAAUUAAAUGUUGCAGAAGCAAAAGUACUUUGAGUUUGGAUUGAUAAAAAUUUCCUUUCAUUAUGCUUUUAAUACCUGCAUUGCAGGGAAAUUUUAUUAUUACUUAAGCAUUAUGCAGCCUCUACAUAAAAACCUGUUCUUCCUAUUUCCCAGCAUAGCAGUCAAGGGACAAGCAUCUUGUGUGAGAUUCUUCAGCUUGAAGAUUACAUAUGUUUGAAAACCUGUUUUGAGGUUGUUAACUGAGCAUGCAGUAGUCGUUUGCUGGCUCUUCACUCAGAGAUAAAUUCAAUCCAUAAAAGGUUGGACUUCUUACUGAGGCAUAUUGAACGGAGAACAUAUAUAUGCUUUUGUGUUUCUCUGAAGAACCAAGAAAAUUCUGAGACAUAUAAUGGGAUCUCUUACAAGUAUCUAUGUCUUUGCUUGUGCGUUUUUAUCCAUAGUUUGGAAUAAUAUCCAGUCAACUGUGGAAAAUAAAAUUACUGCAAACUAUUCAGGAAAUCUACUAACUAAAGUUCCAAAAAACAUUCCAGCCCAUACUCACGUAUUAGAUUUAUCACAUAAUAGGAUCUCUGAAAUUACUAACUUGGAAUUUAUUUCUCUUCCUGACCUUCAAGUAUUAAACCUUUCUCAUAAUCUAAUUACAGAGCUUGACUUCAGUGUCUUCAUAUUUAAUCAAGAUUUAGAAUACUUAGAUUUAUCUCACAAUAACAUUCGGACAACAUACUGUCAAAUGCUUGCACGUCUUAGACAUUUAGAUCUUUCUUUCAACAAGUUCAUUGUCUUGCCAAUCUGUCAGGAAUUUGGGAUCAUGUUUCAUCUGGAAUACCUAGGAUUAAGUGCCAUGAUGAUACGAAGAUCAGACUUCAGAUACGUGACACAUUUGCAGCUGAACACUGUCCUCCUAACCUUAGAAGACUUUUCUCUGUAUGAGCCUCUGAGUUUGACAGCUUUAAAUACAAGGAACCUUCACAUUGUUUUUGCAGCAGACCAAAACUUCAAUUUUUCUCUCUUAUAUGACGGAAUGAGCACUUCAGAGAAGUUAAAAAUAUUUAACUUAAGAUACACCUUGAGCCACAGAGAUUUUCCCUCCCCUUCUUUAGAGCUUCUGAAGAACAUCAAAGCAACAGAUCUCAUGCUUGAAGCUGUGGACUUGGAAUGGACAGUCAUUCUGCAAAUUUUUCUGUUAGUUUGGGAUUCAACUGUGGAGCGCUUAACUGUGAGAAAUUUGAUUUUUCGGGGACCAGUGGUGGAGCAGACUGAAUAUAAAUUUCUAUCCCAUUUAAGACCUCUGGAACGAUUUCUCCCUUUGGGUGGCUCCAUGAAAGCACUGACUUUGGAGAGAGUUCGAAAUAAGGUGUAUUAUUUCAACCAGGAGAUUUUGUACAGAUUCUUUUCAGAGAUGAAUAUUGAUAGUUUGACAAUAUAUGAUGCAUGUAUGCCACACAUGCUUUGCCCCAAAACAACAAGCUCAUUUCAGUAUAUAAAUUUUUCCCGCAAUGCCCUGACGGAUGAAUUGUUCCAGAAUUGUGACACUCUGGCAAAUUUGAAAUUACUUAUUUUGAAUAGGAAUAAAUUUAAGAGCCUUUCCAAGGUGAGCUUCAUGACCAGCCAUAUGAAA